AAGACCGCCCAGCUGUGGAACAAGUCCAAGGAGGAGCUUCACACUCAGCUCACCGACCUCAAGACCGAGUUGAUCACCCUCAGGACUGCCAAGGUCACCGGUGGAGGCUCGACCAAGCUCACCCGCAUCCAUGAUGUCCGCAAGAGCAUCGCUCGUGUCCUCACCGUCAUCAACGCCAACCAGAGGUCGCAGCUGAGGCUUUUCUACAAGGGCAAGAAGUACCUGCCCCUCGAUCUCCGAUCCAAGCAGACCCGUGCCAUCCGCCGAAGACUCAGCAAGCACGAGUCAUCCCUCGUCACCGAGAAGCAGAAGAAGAGGCAGAUUCACUUCCCUCAGCGAAAGUACGCCGUCAAGGCAUAA